AAUACUGAUGCCAUCCGAAGGAACCUCCAUUCAUUCAUUCACAUGUAUACACAGAAUGUAAUGUCAUCUCUUUGUGUCUGAAAUAACUUUUGUUUUCAUCAAGAUAUUUAAAUGUCCAUUAUUUCUCAAAAGACUUGACACUAUGUGAAAAAAGCUAGCAUUUCAAUCGGCCCACAACAAGUGGUGGAAUUUCGUUAUGUGCAGGUGUAGAUGCAAAUCAUGACAUCACACAAAGAAAAAUAUGACCACAACUACGAGGAAAUCGACAUCAUCGGCAAUGGAGCGUAUGGGACCGUUUUCAAGGCCAAGGACCCCCGCAACGAAGGCAACUGGGUGGCCAUUAAACAUAUUAAAAUACAGAACACCGAAGAAGGCAUGCCAAUGAGUGCCAUUAGAGAAAUCUCUCUCCUCAAGCAGUUGGAGAAUUACGAACACCCAAACAUUGUCAGACUAUUGGAUGUGCGACAUGCUCAACAAAGUCCAACUGAGAUCCGUCUAAUGUUGGUGUUUGAAUUCAUCGAUCAGGACCUGUCCACGUACCUUCAACGGUGCCCUAGCCCUGGCCUCGGGCCCGAGAGGAUCAGGGAUCUGAUGUUACAGUUGUUGAAUGGGGUUGAUUUCCUUCAUGCUCAUCGAAUCGUACAUCGAGACCUUAAACCACAGAAUAUCCUUGUAACAAGUCAGGGACAGCUCAAACUUGCCGACUUUGGACUCGCUCGAGUCUAUGCAUUUCAGAUGGCCUUGACUUCUGUAGUCGUGACCUUAUGGUACCGUGCCCCCGAGGUUAUUCUCCAGGACACCUACGCCACGCCCGUAGAUCUGUGGAGCUGCGGAUGUAUAUUUGCUGAGCUCUUUAACAGAAGACCUCUGUUUUGUGGACAAUCAGAUAUAGAUCAGUUGACGAAGAUAUUUGAUGCAUUGGGUCUUCCUUCUGAGCAAGACUGGCCAGAGAAUGUAACACUGCCGUACAACUCAUUUAAAACUAAAGCUCCUCAACCAAUAAACCAUCUCAUACCAGAGAUAGAUCCCGACUCCAGAGAUCUGAUGGAGAAGCUACUGCUUUUCAACCCACAUAAUCGCAUUACUGCCCAUGAAUCCUUACAACAUCCCUACUUCAAAGAUGAACUGGAGAGUAUUCGAACAUCAAGUUCUCUCUCUGAGAGUGAAUCCUUAGACACUUCAGACUGUCGAUCAGAUACACCAGUCAGCAAGUGAGGCAGAAAACUAGUAAUUGUUUAAAGUGAACUGGUUCUCCAGUUACAAAUGUAAUCAUUGUUGGAGUGAACUGGUUCCCCACUCUUCAGUAUCUCUUUGUUUUCCUCAUUUUCCAAAUUAUCUGUGAAGAGAAGGCUUACAAUGGUGUCCAUAAACAAUGGAAAAGUUUGUUACCAGGGUUACAGAAGAUAAUGUCAGAAAGUCCGAAAUCAUCAUCUUUGCAAUGAAACGUUGUGUUAUGGCACUCAGUUUUUUGCACGUUGUAAAUAUUGUAGUUUGUUUGCAAUUCCAAUAGCAAGACUAAGAUCUGUGAUAAUGUGUACUCACCUUGUGAAAACAAGGACAGGAAGACUAGGGUUCACACAUGCAAUUUCCUUUUUCUAAUUAAUAUACUGAUUUUCACUAAGAUCUUGAUCUCUAAAAAACAAUUUCAAUAUUUUUAGUACAUAAUUGAUCUUAAAGAAAUUGCUUUAAUUUACAUUAUUUAGCAAUAAUUACUCUAUGCAAACGAAUGCUUAUUUGCAUGUUGUCAACAUUAUGAGCAAUUUACAUGCAAGUGUCUCUGGAAUCAUUUAAAUUUGUGAGGUCAAUUUUUGUUACUUGCCAAGAAUGAACAGUUUUAAUGGGGUGUAUUUUUGUGUGUGUAAUUCAUUCAAUUAAUUAACAAAAUUUAACUCUCACAAAAUCUGAUGAUUCCAUGAUAAAUGAAAUGCCAACAGAAAUCAUCGAAUGUGAAACAGGCAAAAUGAACAUGUGAAUUUACUGAAUUGGAAGAAAAUGGUUAUAUGAAAUACACUCAAUGUAAUAUUUGAUGGUGUUGAUGUUAAUUAAAAGUAGUAAUUAAUUUUAUUGUAUCUGAUCUUGCAUAUAUAUGAAACCAUAUUGAUUUCAUUUUUUUUUUUUUUUUUUUUUAAUACAUGUGUUCUAUUCAGGUUAUACCUUGCAUGCCUGUGUUAAAUAUAUAUCAUGAACGAUUGAAAUUGACAUUUGGUCAGUGUAGGGCAUAUUUUCCAUGUGUAUAAUCUGUCUUUGAUUUUUAUUAUGGGUAUAUCGAUAAUCGCGAACCAUGAGGUUGUUGAUUUGGAAUGCAUAGAUAAAUGAUACAUUUUGAUUCUUCUUUUUUUUCAAUAUUUUUUUGUAUGUUUUUGAUCGUAUUCGUGGUUUAUAUUAAUCAUAGAUGGCCUUAAGUCUCCACAUCAUUAAGAUGUGAAUUUGUGCUUGCCAAGAUAUAAGAUAUGUCAUAAAUGACAUAAAGAUCAUUUCUUCAUUAUAUGCAUACAAUUACAUGCUCCUCAAAUUUAUGUUUAAAAUUUUUUAACAUAAAUUUACUUUUAAGAAAGGAAUGAAUUUCUCCUUAUUUUUUUAUGAUGUAAAGUUGGGGCAGUAUAGGCUUUAUAAAGUGUGAAGUAGUAAACUUUCCCAAUUUACUUUAUAUCAUCAAUUUUGUAAAACGCAUUUUGAUGUAACUUGAUAAACGAUUAUAAACAGAAUUUUUAAUUUGAUAUGACACAGAACAGUAUUUCCGUAGCAACAAGAUGAAAACAGAGGAGUCCUCGUUAAUGUGCCGUCACUAUGAGAGCAUCAGAUGGUGCCACUUCUCCUCGUCUCAGUUUAUACGACAUAACGAAUGGUGAGAAAGUCAAAUGAACCAAUCAAAUUGCAUCUUACAAGUGAAUCUAAAAUAUAAAGGAGCAAGGAAAAAUCAAGAGAGAUAACUCAUAUUCUAACUCUGUACAAAUUGCAUCUUACAAAGUGAAGCUAAAAUAUAAAGGAGCGAGGAAAAAUCAAGAGAGAUAACUCAUAUUCUAACUCGGUACAAAUUCUCUGAAGUCUGUACUAAGGAAUAUUACUUUCUCUUUACCUAUAUAGUUUAUUUAAAGGGUGAAUUCAAUAGCAAAAUGUGUUAUUGGAGAAUUACAUCACUUGGUGUAGACUAUGCUAUCAUCAGCAAAGCGAUUUAUAAGAUUAGAUGCAUAUAACUGUACCUAUAUACAUGUAGUUAUGAUGUAAACCAAAAACACACCUUGAGGAUGAAUUUAAACAGAUGCCAAACAUGAAUGAUGUCACAGUGCUUUAUGUAGCAAACUGUUGUGUUGAAAAAAGGUAAAAAUAUUGCUCAGGCAAUCAGCUUGUGAGAUGUUAGCAGAAUGAAAACCCUGUAGUUGAGAUUUACUCUUUCUUUCUCGACUAAAGUUUUUAAAUAACUUCUGGAUUUAAGAUAGCCUUGUGGAUUCUUUGGCAGGUGUUAGGACUUGUUUAGUUUGUUUGUCUGUGUACUGGGUGUCUCUUCAUUUACUACCUCUAGGAUGAACAAAGAAGGCAGGUUCUGUGUCUUAUUAUUGUUUGUUUAUUGUUGUAACGGAAUGCAGUGAUGCGUUAUUACAGGUCAUGUGACAGAACAAAUGCAAUGUACAAAUCUGUAAAUAGAUUCAAAAUUCACUUUUUGUGUUUCGGUAGAGGAACAUAUGAUAAAGAAUAUACAACAUGAAAUGUUGAAAAUGUUUGAUUACGUCAUGCUAUUUUAGUUGUAAGAAUUAUUAUAAAUGCUACUACAUGUUGUAUGUAUUCUACUGGCUUAUGAUAGAGACAUGUAUCGUCUCUGUCUUUGUUCAUUAAAGGGGUGUCAGUAUGAAGUACACAAUGUCAUUUUAGUUCAGAGCUAGAAAUAUUUGAUUUUUCUCCGUUUCUUUUUGGUGGCUGGUUACGUGUUUUUACCAUUCCAAUAUCCCCCAUCUCACAAGAAACCGACGAGAGUACUCAAUAAACAGAUGUCUCCCAUAUAUUUUUUUAUAAUGAAUGGAUCAUGAGUUUGUAUUUUUGUAUCAAAGAUAAUAGGCAUUUAUUGAAUGGUAUUUUUAUACACCAUUGCAUAUACAGAAAUGUGCAGACACAGAUCUCGUUUUGUCUUUUGUAUUGAAUAUCAUGUUGCACUACAAGACAGCUGUUAAAUAUGUUUGGUUUUAUUCGAUUCAGCAUGUUACCUUUUUAAGGUAAAAACACCCGGGUUAUUCUAUCACCUGCAUACUUAAAUUAGGAAUUUUUGAAUUCCAGAAAUAAUCAUAGUCAUGUAUAUGUCAGUAAUUGUAAAUGGUGAUGUAUUGAGCAGUUUUCUUUUCAUUAUCAUGAAUAAUUAAUUUCAUAAUUAACUACCACUUUUUAUACUCAUACACCCAAGAUACUUUAACCAUCAGUUCGUAUGUUGGGCUUGUACUUUAAUCUAGUCUCAAGUAUGUAUUGAUUUAUCUGAUCGACAGAAUGGAGAAAUGGAUUAAUACUGUUACAGCUUAUGAAAUUAACUACCUAAGUACUAAAUAUGACAAAAUACUGUAAACUAAAUAUUUUAUUCAUGUAGGGGAAAUCUUCUCGAAAUUUGAGAGAACCUUGUUGUUGCAAAUAUUUCUCGCCACAAGACAGACCUGGGCACGAACACAAUUUUUUGAUCAAUUGAAAUUGGCGUUUUUUGUUAAAGAAAUAAACAUCUUUUAUAAAUCAGUGGAUUAAAGAUCAUGCUUGUAAACCAGGUACGGAGGUGAGACCACCUAGAUUUCUAAAAAGUAUGUCAAUAGCAUGCAGCAUUUCGACAAAGAUUAUUUGCUAAACUAAUUUAAGAAGCAAGCACAAAGAAGCGAGAUAUGAAAACGUUUAUUGUAUAAGCUCUUCUCUCAGAAGCCGUCAACUUUGGUGCCAUGUUGAUAGCUGAGUUGCGUAAAUAUACACAGGGCUUGUUCCUUGUUUUAAGAAUGAAAAGUUUAGGUGUUUCAAAUACAUAUUUGUGUUAGUAUUUGAAGGUUAGGGUUUUUGCUAUGUUUUACAUAUCAAAUACUACCGUAUUAUUAAUAUCUGAGUGAUUUUUUUCCACCAAAAAUUGUGUCCAUAUUCGUUUAAAGAUAAUCUCUGUCACGAAAAUUAGUUGCUGUGAACCAGUUCAUCACUGGUAAAUCACAAAAUAAAAUCAUCCACAAAUAAAAGUUGGUUGAUAGCAUUUCAUUUUUCUCCUUCUCACACCUAUUUACAAGCAAUCAUCAAAUCAUUUCACAAAAUAUUUUAAAUGUUACAAUAGGGUACAUAGUUGUUCAUGCUACACCUCUGUCUAGUUCACAGUUCAACAGAGACUUGGUGAGGACCAAUGCUCUCUCAAGAAUUUCUGGUGAUUAUCAAUUUUAUAGUACUUAUUUAUUAUUGCUAUAAAUGCUGUUCAAUAAUUAUGAUUCCUUUUCUUGUGCAAGUGUUUGAAAUGAAUUUGUAAAUUUGUAUUGUUUGAAAAAAACUCUAGCUGUUGUGUUGUUUGCAGUUUUUCUGAUUGCUCACAGAAACAUUACAAAUUCACACAAAAUCAUGUAAAUUUUGUACAUAUUUAAUCAUUUGAUAUGCAAGUAUACCUUUAUUGUUAUGUUAUAAGGUAUUCUAUACAAUUUGUGGCAUUUUUUUGUAUGGUACGUAUUAACAAUAAAUAUGAAAUGAA